AUGGAAGGCAAGGUGAUUUUAAGCAGUUCCGACGGUCAAUCGGAUACAAGCAAAUACCAUGUUGAAGCCCAAAAGUCGGAUACAAGCGAACCAACUGCGGAUUUGAAGAAACGGGUUAGGGAGUUGGUAGCUGAUGAUAAAGACACUCUCUUCCAGUUGAUUAUCGCAGCAGAUUUCCUUCACAUUCAGAGUCUUCUUGAUUUAUCAUACCAGAUUGUGUCUGAGGACAUUGCAGCAUGUAAAGACCAACAAAUGAUUCGCCAAAAAAUUAACAUAGAAAAUGACUAUAGUCCUGAAGAGGAGGAAGAGGUUUUAAAGCUGCAUAAUAUAUUUGAAUGA